ACUCAGGCAACAGAGCCCCGCCCACUGUCGCAUGGUGCGUGGGACGCCACCGCCCCACCUCUUCGUCCUUAGUGGCUGGGAGUAAUCUCAGCUGCGUUCAUCCAAUCGACAGACCGGCCCCUCCACGCUGUCGCCUGGGGCUACGAGACGCCAUUAUUCUGUUUCCGGCAGUUUUACUUCCGUUUGUUUAACAGCUGGCCCGGAAGUUUAAGUGAAUAUGCGGCUUGGGCUCCAGAAGUUGCGGUACGGUAUUUUAUUUUAAAGUAGAAAUCUGUCCGCUUUUCACUUACGGAGGCCUUACAGUGUGUGUUCUGUGUUACUUGAGUUUAUACGCACUGCAGAAUUUGUUUACCCUGCUCUUUUGGAAACGUAUUCCGGAAGCGAAACCUUGAGUAAUCGGAAGUGGUUAGGAGUGAGCGAGCCGCUGGAUACGUGGAGGGCCUGGGCGGGUCGGCUUCUGAAUGGAAGAGGUCUGUGAGAAGUUAGCCUGGUGAUACCGAUCCGAAGAGCCUAUCAAGUGAAGCCCCCUGAAAUACGGAGAAUAAGAAGCUUAGAGGUUGUUCAGUAGAAGUCUUGGAGUGCAUUUUCAGUGGUUAAGGUGAAAAAAUGACUACUAAAAAUUUAGAAACCAAAGUCACCGUUACUUCAUCCCCAAUCCGAGGAGCAGGAGAUGGAAUGGAAACUGAGGAACCACCUAAAUCUGUUGAAGUUACCUCUGGAGUCCAAUCUAGAAAGCAUCAUAGUCUUCAGAGUCCAUGGAAGAAAGCAGUUCCAUCAGAGAGCCCAGGAGUUCUUCAGCUAGGGAAAAUGCUCACUGAAAAAGCAGUGGAAGUUAAAGCUGUAAGAAUAUUAGUUCCCAAAGCUGCUAUAACUCAUGAUAUCCCCAACAAAAAUACAAAGGUUAAGUCUCUGGGACAUCAUAAAGGAGAAUUCCUUGGUCAGUCAGAGGGAGUUAUAGAACCUAAUAAGGAACUCUCAGAGAUAAAGAAUGUAUUGGAAAAGCUCAAGAAUUCUGAAAGAAGGUUACUACAGGACAAAGAAGGUCUUUCAAACCAGCUCCGUGUACAGACAGAGGUAAAUCGUGAGUUAAAAAAAUUACUGGUGGCUUCUGUUGGGGAUGAUCUUCAGUAUCACUUUGAACGUCUAGCCCGUGAGAAAAAUCAGCUUAUUUUAGAAAAUGAAGCCCUAGGUCGAAACACAGCUCAGCUUUCUGAACAGUUAGAACGUAUGUCAAUACAGUGUGAUGUAUGGCGAAGUAAAUUCCUUGCAAGCAGGGUAAUGGCAGAUGAGUUAACCAACUCAAGAGCAGUUUUACAGCGUCAAAACCGUGAUGCACACGGGGCUAUACAAGAUCUCCUAAGUGAACGGGAACAGUUUCGUCAAGAAAUGAUAGCUACCCAGAAAUUGUUGGAGGAGCUCUUAGUUUCUUUGCAAUGGGGAAGAGAGCAAACUUACUCCCCUAGUGUACAACCCCACAGCACAGCAGAGCUAGCAUUAACAAAUCACGAGUUGGCAAAAGCAGUAAAUUCUCAUCUUCUGGGAAAUGUUGGCAUUAACAAUCAAAAAAAGAUUCCAUCAACAGUUGAAUUCUGCAGCACCCCAGCUGAGAAAAUGGCUGAAACGGUUCUAAGAAUUUUAGAUCCAGUUACCUGCACAGAGAGUUCACCUGAUAAUCCAUUUUUUGAGUCUUCACCAACCACCUUAAUUGCUACAAAGAAAAAUAUUGGACGAUUUCAUCCCUACACUAGAUAUGAAAAUAUAACUUUCAAUUGCUGCAAUCACUGCCAGGGAGAACUGAUUGCCCUUUAACAGUGAAUAUAUUGGAGGCAUGCUAAGGUACUUGCUUAUUACCCAAGAGUCAUUAUUAUUUGGGAGCUGGGGUUCUUACAAUGCUAGAAAUAAUAUCACUUCCUAUUUACAUAAUGUAUAUGCCCAAAGAUGUUUUAUGUACUAGACUCCAGAUUACCCUUUCUUAAUAAAUAUCUCAGGGUAAGGAAAGAAAGAAACUGUAUAGAUAUAUUUAAAAUAGAGAAUACUUUCCAAGUAAUACAUGAUACUUUUCCUAAAAGACUCUAAAAGAAAAAGAUUCUGUAACUCUCUUUUAAGCACUAAAUUAUUGUUUAUCUUGCUGGAUAUUUUAUAUGAACAGUGUUAAUUUAGGUGCACUAAAGCAAAGGUAGGCAAACUACAACCAUGAGUCAAAUAUGGCCACACCCAUUCAUUUGCUAUUGUCUAAGUUGGUUUUGCACUACAACUGCAGAGUUGAAUAGAUGCAGCAGAACCUUUACAGAAAAAGUUUUCUGACCUCAACUCUAAAGUAAUUGUAGUAGGGAGCUGGAGGACUUUCUUUCCCUUUAUGGUAAUUUUUUGAGCUACAAAAGAGCCUUGCAGAAAUGAGUGAAGGGAUUAAUCUUUUAAAAAUAAAUGAUAUAUAUUAGGAAAAUAAAAAAUAUUUUAGAGCCAAGUUAACAAGUACUUCAGCAAAACAUGCUAGUUUUAUGCAGGAGAUUCUGUAUUCCAAAUGGACACAAUCUGACAUAUAUAAAAGAAACAGAUUCUUAACUGUUGACUCUUAUUUAGCAAAUGCAACAGACAAGAAUAUCCAACUUGAUAUUUAUAAAAGGUAGACUUUUCCAAAAGUGUAUAAGCUCAAAGAAAAAAAUGCAAUGUCAAUUAAUAUAUAUUAUGUAAUAUAUAUUAUUGUGUAUUUGUGAUUAGCCAUCAUAAAUGCCCAUUGCUUGGCCUUUAAGAAUAAUCACAAAAUAUUUAUAUCAAAUUAUACAAAUUUGUUGCAGAAGUGCCUGUCAGAGAAGUCUUCAAAAGACAAACCUGGUCAAAUAAUAAUAAUUGUAAUGUCAAUGAUUUUUUUUUGUCUGACUCAUCUGAGUUAUAUUUAGUUUUCAAGUGGCAAUAAAUUUAUCUGCCUUCUUUA